AAAUACUCCAGGGGGACGGAGGUAUGAGCUAAUCCGACCACAGAUUUGCCCUGGUGGGUCUUCGAAAUGCAGCAUGAUCGAGCUUUGAUUAUGUCAAUCUGCAUAAGAUCUACCUCCUCCAUUGACUCGUAUGAUUGAUUUGCGUUGAAGUCUUAAUGUUAGUUACUUGAAGUACUCCGUACCUGCUGUAUAUUAUCUACUUCCCAAAUUUGUUCCUUAUGCAACAUGGAAUCCCGGCUGCACGUCGAAGAAAUCAAAAAGGGUCCCCCACUUUCCUACCAUGAUGAUAUCAGAGCCUUCACGCGUCAGUAUGCCGGGUCCCUCGAUGCGCAAGAUCCUCUGCGUCAUUUCAGGGACGAAUUCCUUAUCCCGUCAAAGAAAGACCUGAAGCGGAGGGUUUUGAAUGUUAAUGGGAAUAUUGACGACUCCUCCGACCCAAGAAGCAUCUACCUCUGCGGCAACUCAUUAGGUCUCCAGCCUCGGAACACCCGGAAAUAUCUCGAGCACUAUCUACGGACCUGGGCAAUUAAAGGCGUCACUGGACACUUCACGCCACACGAUGAUCAACUACUUCCCCCGUUCGUUGAUGUCGAUGAAGCUGGGUCAAAACUCAUGGCUCCCAUUGUGGGAGCGCUACAGAGUGAAGUGGCGGUAAUGGGAACAUUAACGGCAAACUUGCACAUCUUGAUGGCAAGCUUUUACCAGCCAACUAAAGAGAAGUAUAAGAUUAUUAUCGAGGGGAAAGCAUUCCCAAGUGACCAUUAUGCCGUGGAGUCUCAAAUCCAACACCAUAAUCUGGAUCCGAAAGAUGCUAUGAUUCUAAUUGAGCCCGAGAACCUCGAUCGUCCAAUCCUGGAUACCGAGAAAAUCCUCAGGGUGAUCGACGAGCAUGCCUCAAGUACAGCUCUUAUUCUCCUUUCCGCGAUCCAAUUCUAUACCGGACAAUACUUCGAUAUCGAGAAGAUCACAGCUCAUGCCCACUCUAGGGGCAUCGUAAUCGGCUGGGACUGUGCUCAUGCGGCGGGCAAUGUCGAUUUACGACUGCACGAUUGGAACGUGGAUUUUGCUGUCUGGUGCAACUAUAAGUAUCUCAACAGUGGACCGGGAGGAAUGGCUGGACUGUUCGUCCAUGAGAAGCAUGGGCGAGUGGACAUGGGCAAGGCCGGUUCCAAGGAUAAGCCUUUUCGUCCGCGGUUGUCUGGCUGGUGGGGUGACGACAAAAAGACUCGGUUCCGGAUGGAGAACAGAUUCGUGCCGCAGCCAGGCGCAGCUGGAUUCCAGCUAUCGAAUCCGUCCGUCUUGGAUAUGAACGCGGUGAUAGCAUCCCUCGAGAUCUUCAAUCGGACAUCAAUGGCUGAGAUCCGCCAAAAGUCCCUGAACCUCACGGGCUACUUAGAACAUCUCCUCGUGAAAUACCCCAUUGACGCUACUCCGGAGGACAAGCCCUUCUCUAUUAUCACACCUUCGAACCCAGCUGAGCGAGGCGCCCAGCUGAGUAUACGCUUGGGCUCGGGCCUUCUAGACAGUGUCUUAGAGGUUCUGGAGGAGAGCGGAGUGGUAGUUGAUGAGAGAAAGCCGGACGUCAUUAGAGUUGCGCCAGCGCCUCUAUAUAAUACAUAUGCGGACGUGUGGCAGUUCUGCCAGAUCUUCUUCGAUGCUUGUCGAAAGGCAGUAAGGGCCAGAAAGUAAAGACUUUGGAUAGGAUGCAGCUUAUCUUGACUACUCACAAUCUUGUGAGAGAUAUUGGGUAUCGUGAUGUUAAGACUAGCAGCCCAUCAUCAGUGACCAUAGUGAUGACCUUAUACACCAUUUUAAAGUACUCACAUACAACCUCUCGAAUCAGGAUCUGCUAACUCUAGU